AAUAUCACGAAACCAAAAAACCAUUUGCAUUUCCAAGAUAUUUCUCAAAUCAUACUUCGCCUUUGGUCUCUUUUGAUCCUUCUCAAUUCUGAUCUACCAUGGCCUCCAAUGGUGCUUCUCCGCAGAGGGCUGGGGAUGCCGAGAACAGCUUGGAGAGGAUCAAGCGCCAAUUGGCUUCAGGUUCUGGUCGGAAUUUGCUGCAAGGUCCACUUCUCAAGCGCUCCGAAACACUUAGAAAAUGGAAUGAGCGGUGGGUGAUUUUAGAUCCAACUACUGGGAAAAUGGAAUAUAAGGUUAGGAGAAAUGAGCCAACUGUCAAGGGAACCAUUAUAUUUGAUGCAAAUAGCACAAUUACCAUAUCUCCAGUGAACUUCCAUGGGCUGCCAAAGUAUGAUGGCUGCUGUUUCUACAUAGGAACCCCACAAAAGAAAGACUACUUUCUGUGUGCAGAGACACCUGGUGCAGCUAGAGCUUGGGUAUCAACUUUGCAUGCUACGCAGUUGGUUCUAAAAGCCCAUAAAGAGGCUGUAAAUUCCUUGAGUGGCAAUGGUUCUGCGAAAUUAGGAACUGUUGCAACAGUAGUUGCCGCUGCCAAUUCAACUGCUUUGGAAUGUUCAAAAGAAGUUGAAGCAGCAAUGCAGAUUUCUCUGAGAACUGCUCUCGUGGUGAUGGCAAAUAAGACUGCUGAUGGGCCAAUGGAUGAUUUUUCAAUCAUGAAGGAGACUCUCCGGGUUAAGGAUGAGGAACUACAAACUUUGGCUCGGGAGCUUCGUGCAAGGGAUUUGACAAUAAAAGAGAUAGCAGACAAAUUAUCUGAGACUGCCGAAGCUGCUGAGGCUGCAGCAUCUGCAGCUCAUAUAAUGGAUGAACAAAGGCGAAUUGCUUGUUCAGAAAUUGAGUGCAUAGCAAAAGACUCAGAGAAACAGCUAGACUUUUCAAGAUCGAAGAUAAGAGAGUCUGAAGGAAAAGUUGAGGCAUUAAGUAAAGAAAGAGACGAAUUAAUCAAGCAAAGAGACUCUGCACUUCAGGAGGCCCAUCUGUGGCGUUCUGAACUUGCAAAAGCUAGAGAACGUGUGGUGAUUUUGGAAGCGGCUGUUGUGAGAGCGGAGGAGAAGGUGAGGGUUACAGAGGCAGGUGUUGCAGGUAGAAUAAAGGAGGCUAUGCAGAAGGAGAGUGCUGCAUCAAAGGAUAAGGAGGAACUUCUGGCAUAUGUCAAUAAUUUACAAGCACAGCUUCAAAGACAGCAUAUUGAAACGAAGCAAGUUUUCAAGGAGAAGAUUGAGUCUCACUCAGAUAUAGGCAACGCUCUUCACCUAACACGCUCUUCCCCUGACAAAACAUGUGGAUUUGUCCGAAGAAAAUGGGAGAACGUGGUCCACAUGGCAAGCGAUCAAGUCAAUCUUCAGCCGGUUGGAGAAGGCGGAUGGAGCGAUAUUCAAGCGACAGAAUCAAGGAUAGCUGAUGUUAGAGAAAUAUCCCCAGAGGCAGAAGCAAGCAGCUUGGAUAUUUCUGUUGUUAGUGAACCAGCCAACGACCCUCAUGGGCAAGGGAACAACUCCUUUAAUCAACCAUAA